AACCUUGUACUGUAUCACAUAGUGCUUUCCAUAUCUUUGGUUCACUGUCUCCAACAAGAUCCAUAGUUCUUCCCAUAUCACUGUAUCAAGCAAUUGAAGUUGAGAAUCUCUCAUCAUUAUUAUUUUUCAUUUAUUUUAAUUUCUUGUUAAUGGAGGUAGCAGUAGAUUGGGGAAACUUAGAAGCACUUCCUCUAAGUUUGAUUUUUGACAAGUUGGUAGAGCGCAUAGAUCACAUUUAUUUCAGCGUGGUAUGCAAGAAUUGGUAUUCAAUUGCAAAGUUUAAUUAUCAGAAUCGCCAAGUAAAAAACAAUGUAUUGCCCAUGCUUAUGAUUCCCAAAAGAAAGGCUAGAAAAACAAGAUGUUUAUAUGGGAUUUCAACCAACACAACUUACCGCUUUCAACUACCACUACCUCAUAACAAGAGGUUGUGUGGUUCGAGUCAUGGUUGGGUUGUAAAGAUGGAUGAUAUUAAGCAAGGUACAAUUUUAACCCUACUAAAUCCAUUCAAAAAUCUAGUUUCCAUCACUCUACCACCCCUCUACAUGCCGGAUGGAUAUAAACGAGUUAGAUAUUAUGAAUGUAAUGUUCAUAAGGUUUUUUUAUCAUCUAAUCCCACAACUAGGCCACAUGAUUAUGUUGUUGUAGCAAUUUAUGGUAUGCUUGAAUGUCUUGCUUUCAUAAAAGCAGGUCAAGAGUUUUGGACUUAUGUUAAUGUUGAUUAUAAUGGCUUCACCGAUAUUUCAUUUUAUAAAGGCCUAGUCUAUGCGGUGGGACGAUGGAAUAACAUUGUCUCUUUCGAUUUUUCUAACUCGAAAAAUUCUUUUGAUCAUGAGAAGGUCAUUCCCAAUGUUCUUCAAACCCGGGGGGAUAAUUAUUAUGCUCAUAGAGGAUAUCUCGUGGAAUCAUUGGAGGGAGACUUGUUGCUUGUAAGAAAAUGGAUAGGUUUUCCCGAUGAUGACAAUGAAGAUGAAGAAAGGAACCUACCUAGUAGUGGCACUAAAGGAUUUGAAGUGUAUAAGUUGGAAUUGGAUCUUCAAAGUGGUAAGCUUAUACAAAAGAUAAGACUUGAUAGUUUGGGAGACAAUGUUUUAUUUUUGGGUGAUAAUGAUUCUGUCUCUAUGUCGGCUUCCUAUUUUGCCAAUUAUCUACAAAAGGAUUCAAUUUAUUAUACCGAUGAUUUUUACGAAGAAGCUCCGGAUCCAUAUCCUAAAGGACCAUUUGAUAUGAAAAUCUUUAACGUAAAAGAUGAAAGUUUUAGUGAACAUUGCCCUUUCAAAUCUUGGUUCAAACGGAUGCCACCUUCAAUAUGGGUUAUUCCACCAUUUCAAUGGGAUUGAUAGCUUCAACUUGAAGUAUGCCACCUUUAGAAUUAACAUUUCAGUAUCUACAUUUCAUUAUUUAGCUUGCUUAAUUUCAUAAUUUAAGUCGGUUAUCGGAGUUGGUCUGUGACACUCUAAUUGAAGAAUUAUGGAGCAUAUUUUUCUUGAGGGAAGUGUGUUUCUUGGUAAUCAAGUUGCUGCGUUUGUCAAAGAAGUAUAAGGUUUCACAUAGCAGAGCUCAUCUUUGGAUUUAUUUAUUGCAGAAGACGAUUAUUUCGCUCAGACAUUAGGUAGAUUAUGGAGUUUACUUGUUCUUAGAUUUGUGUUUGAUUAUGGUGGAGGUGGUGUUGAAUUGUAAAUUUUGUGCUGAUGUGUGCCUAGUUGCAGAUCGUGGCAGUGGCGAGAACCUGUUGGGGGUGCUGAUGUAUCGUUGUUGCUUUUCGCAGGCAGAUUGCUUAUCUCAGAUUAUGUAUAGGUUGGGACGUUCUUUCAGCUUAAUUGUAGUUUGUUUGUUUAUUUAAGAUUUUGAUAGGCUGUCUUGAGUUGUAUCUUUUCCAUUUGGCUGCUAUCCUUAAUAUCAGAAUGUAAUAUUGUGAGUUCAUGUCUUAUGCCUGAUUUUUAAUAUAAUACUUUUUGCUUUUUCAAAACAA